UGUAGCGUUGUAUAAGCUAAAGCAAGUAGAGAUGGCGCUGGUGAAUGUCCUGAAAAAAGAGGGUGUGAUCUUUCUCUUAUUUAUUUUACAUUUAUAGACUAAUAGUGACAAUUACAGGUGACUGUUCGUCGAUGUUAUUCGAUAAAGAUAGUUAAAUAGAUAUGAGAAGUUAACAUUGUCGAUACAGUAAAUCUAUUAAAUCUUUGCAUUUCAAUAUCAUGGAGCUACAACAAAAUGAUCAAAGUGAAGAUACAACUGCCAUGGAGCAUCUUCAGUUUGAUUUAGAGAUGGAUGCUAUUACUGAGACAGCUGUGUUUUAUUCUACUCCACGAAAAUCCCUUCGGGGUAGACGAAAAAAAACAAUGGAUGGCAGAUCUCAAUUGCAAACUUCUUUGUUAAAAUCGAAUUAUAGCACUAACGCAGAACAAAAAAUAGGUCCAAAAUAUCGGCCUAUAUGGCCAAAGCCUUAUCAACCAAGUUUUUUAAAUAAGCCAAAAAUAUUUGGUUUACCUUCCACAAUCAAUGAAUUUUCUGCACUAAAUUCUGCGAGUCGAAUUAUUGUUACAACCACUUUGCCAUCCAAGGAAAAAGUACAGGAUUGUACGACAUUGAGCAAGCCUAAUAAGAGAACACGUAAUUAUUCCAAAUCCAUAACAGGAAAUUCUAACAGCUUGAAAUUAUUAACGAAAGAAAAUGGUAAUGAAAAAAAUAAUAAUAAAAAUAAUGCUACUUCACGGAAAGAGUUUAGUUUCAUUAAAAUGCAAGAUAGAGAUAACAAAGGUAGCAUUGAGUUAUUUUUUGAAAGUAUGGCACAGACUGUUCUUAGUUUACCCAUGCAUGUCCAAGCUGAAAUUAAAAUGGAAAUUUGUAAACUUGUUACAAUGGCAGAAAUUAAAUAUUCUUCGACUCAAUCAAAACAUGACUGUAAAAUAGAUUGACAUAAAUAAGGUAAAAAGAUUCUUUUUACCUUACUUAUUAAAACUUUAGGUACUAUUUUAAAUAGCUUAAACGUUAUUUGAAAUGUUAAGUUAAUAUCUAUAUAAAUAAUGUUUACAGUGAAAUGUAAUGUACAUAAAAUAUAAUAAGAAUAUUAUUCUAAAUCAUGACAUUUUAUUUUAAAGAAGAAAGUAAAAAAAGAAAAAAGAUAAAAACUGCAGAAAAUACAAGUUCCCAAGAUAAACUAUAUAAUAUGUUGUUGUAUAGUGCCAACCUAAUGAGAGUUGGUUGAAUUUUUCAUUUAAUACAAAAUAUGAUGUGCAUACUAUGAACAUUAAGACACAAUGAUAUAAUAAUAACGUAUUAAAAUAAAUAUGCGCUUCCUUGAAAAAUUAAUGUCAAUAUAUAAAAAUGUCACGACAGUGUACAUUUGUAGAAUACUAACAUCGUUUUUUAUUUUUUUAUAUUCCUAAGAAUAAGAGAAUUUGUAUAUUUGCAUUCAAAGAAUAGUCAAGGAAACAGAAGCAUUUUUUACAACUCUAUAAUUGCAGUUGUAUUAGUGUAUAUGUAUAUAUAUAUAUAUAUAUAUAUAUAUAUAUAUAUAUAUAUAUAUAUAUAUAUAUAGAUGGGUAGAUAUAUAUAUAUAUACACUAAUUGUAAUUUACGAGAGAGACUUAAUUGGAAAAUUGCUAGAAUGAACUUUAUUUAGAAAAAUCGUAAUUACUGCGGGAAUGUUUUUCUUCUGUCAUAGAUAUCAAUGAACAAUUUGAUGUGAAACAAAGAUUGGGACAUACCUUCGCUUAACUUUAGUGUAUUUUUAUGCAUUGUGUAAUAUAAUGUCAAAUAUAAAUAAAUAUGAGUAUUAUAAAGCAUUUUAAGAAACUGGGUUUAUACAUGAAUCCAGUUAGGCUGUUGUAUGUAACGAUACAAGAUAUAUGUUGUAGAGCUUAGAGAAACAUAAAUUUCAAUGAAUUUAAUAUCUCUUUUAGUAAAUUCAUCUUACAGCAAAUUGGCUAUUUAAAAGUUGCGAGGCCAAAGAGGUGAGAGCACAUGAACUACUUUCUUUGGGAUUUCUUAAUAAAGAAUUUGUAAAUCUUUGUAAAAUAAUAAAAGGAAUAGAGAUAUUUAAACUGAUGCACAUGA